UUUGUGAUCUACUGCAUUUUAGAUUUAUACAAAUUAUUUUUUCACAAAGUGCUUUUUGUUGGUGUGCACAUUAUGGUGAUGUUAAAUGAGUGGAAGAAUUACUAAUAAAAGGAACUGAGAAAGUUAGUGUUAGGAGAAGAGUGGGUUGGUUUGCUCACUAAGGGCAGCUACUCUCAUUUGAAAAUAAAUGUUUAUGUACUUUAGAGGAAAUAUGAUAAUGAGGGAAGAGCAUGAUGACAUUGCUGGCUCCUAUGUACACUUUUGUCCAGGCUUUGCGAGAUAGUGUUUCAUAGUAGGCCAAGAGUGGAGUGGUGCAGUUUGAGUUCGAUUGGAAGUUGCUGUGUAAUUGGAGUAAAUAAAAUGAAAUUCAGAAUUCUUCUUCGCAUGCUUGCUCAUGUUGAUUCCAUUCUAGGUGUGUGUGUGUGUGCCCACAUCCACAGUUGUUGGAGAUUUUUGCCUUAGCAGUAUCCGUAGGGCUGGCUGUGGCGCCCUCUGGAGUGCCAUGCUCAUGCAUCUGUAUAUUAGGCACCACCUGUCCUACACCCUCUCAGUUCCUUCUUACUGCCUGUGACAGUUGAUCAAAGUGCCUUGUCUUGCCUCGCAAGAGUGUUAGUGGUUUUUCUAACAGCCCAUUGACUGUCUUCUUUGUAUAUAGUUCUCAGAUAGUUAGUUAGUCAUUAAGUGAUAAGUGUUAGGUGUUAGUUUAGUAGUUAGAGUACCAGCAGGGACUUCGCCCCAGGGUGGGGCAUGCCCCAUUCCCUGGGCUUCAAACCAUGUUCAUCACGCAACAGGUCUAUACCUGUUAGUGACCCCUACAGCAGCUGUUUGAAGUAUUUGGAAGCGUCCCAUAUAAAGGAGAAGUGCAGGAUUUGUAAGAACUUUUUUGUCCCAGAAUCCAGAAAGAGUGCAUCAUCCGCCUGAAAGCCCUCCCCAUGGAGGCUGCACUUCACCUGGUGUUGGAGCCUUCCUUAUUGGACUCUGUGCUCAGCACCUGAGCGUCAGUGCAGAGCACUCCACCAGCACCAGGUUCCUCCUGGCACCAUUCCCCUUCGCCAGUGCCCAAAAAGCAUCAACAGAAAAGAAACUCCCCAGCACCAUCCAAGGAGGGGAAGGGGUCUCUGGACAUAGGUCCCCGUUCAGGCCGCACAUCCACCAUGGAGCUGCAACGGGAUGCCGCUGUGGUCAGACCCUCUAGCCCAACCAGGGAUCUUCCUUCAACUCCUGGGAGUGGUAGGGGACCCCGGCUCCUACUGGGGCCUGCAACACCCGAGGUUGCCCAGGUGGCUAAAGACCUGAUGGUCAUACUGGUACCAAAUACACCACACCUGGUACUGGAUGUGCCUAAGACCCGGCAACCCAUCAAGGGUUGAUCGUGGGGUCAGGUGCAGAGAAACGUCAAUCUGGUGAUCUGUUGUGAUCUGGGUAUUUUGAUAAAUACAGAAAAAUCAACUCUGAUACCAGUGCAAUGGAUAGAGUUCAUUGGGGUGGUCCUCGACUCCACUCAGGCCAGAGCCUUUCUCCCUGAGACCUGGUUCUGAGCCAUGACAGACCUGAUCUUGUACAUGUGGGCUAAACCUCUCACCACCGCUCACAUGUGCCUGAGAUUGUUGGGCCACUUGACAGUCUGUACUUACAGGGUCUGGCACAUGUGGCUCCAUCUCAGGGCCCUACAGGUGUUGCUGGUGUCGGUCUACCUCCCAACAGACACAACAUAGACUGUGUAGUCAGGGUACUGGACCACAUACCGUCGUCACUCGUAUGGUGAUCAAAUCCCAUAUCGGUGCUGGAGGGAGUUCCCUUUGCAGCCCGAUCCUCGUCAGUAACCCUGGUCUCCGAUGCCUUGGAUCUGGGAUGUGGAGCCCACUUAGACAAUCUCAGCACACAAGGACGUUGGUCGAGUCACAAUCGCCCCUUCCAUAUUAACAUCAGACAGGUCAGAGUGGUUCACUUGGCCUGCCAAGCUUUCCUGUCUCAUCUGAGGGGCAGGGUGGUUUAGAUCCUGACAGACAACACUGCUGCAAUGUUCUGUAUCAACAAACAAGAUGGAGCUUGCUUGUCAGCCCUUUGCAGGAAGUUCUUCAGCGGUGGAACUUCUGUUUUCAUCAUGCCAUUCAUCUUGCAGCCAUGCACUUCCCUGAGGCCAGGAACACAUUGGCAGUUCCCCUCAGCAGGACCUUCUUGUCUCGCCAUGAAUGGGCACUCCAUCUGGAGAUCUGGAGAUGAUCAGCAUCAUCUUCCAAAUACAGGGGACUCCAUGGGUGGACUUGUUUGCAUCCAGGUAGAGCAGGAAGUGCCACGUUUUCUGUUUGAUUCAGGGGAUUGAUGGAGGCUCUCUGUCAGGCACCUUUCUGCUCCCAUAGUCGUAUGCCUUCCCUCCAGUGCCAUUAAUCCACAGAGUUCUCAUGAAAAUCAAAUAGGACAGGGCAAAGGUGAUCCUCAGAGUACUGGCUUUGCCACGCCAGCAUUGGUUCAGCCCACUGCUGGACCUCUUUGUGGAUGCCCUGCUACAGUUGUUGCUUCAGCUGGACUUGAUGUCACAGAGCCACAGCAGUCUUCUGCACCCCAACCUGGCAGCGCUGCACCUGAUGGGGUUGGCUGCUGCAUGGUUAAAUAUGGAGGAGCAGGAAUGCUCGGCCCAUGUCCAACAAGUCCUGUUGGGCAGCAGAAAACUCUCCACCAGGGUGAACUACCUGACCAAAGAAAAGCAAUUCACGUACUGGGUGUUGGACCAAGGUAUUCGGCCCAAACAGGCCUCGCUGCAGUCAGUCCUGGACUACCUCCUGCAUCUCAAGCUCCAAAGUCUGUCUCUUUCAUCUACCAAGGUUUGGUUGGCCAUUAUUUCCCCCUCCUAUCCCCCGUCCCAGGGCAGGUCAGUCUUUGCUCAUGACACGACAGUCCAAUUUCUAAAAGUUCUGAAGCGAUUCUACCCUCACGUCUGGGAUUCAGUACCUCCAUGGGACUUAAAUCUCAUGCUGUCUAGGUUCACUGGCUCCCCCUUCGAAUCUUUGGCAUCCUGUUCCCUCCUUCUCCUCUUGUGGAAGGGCUUAGCAAUAACAUCUGCCUGUAGGGUCUCUGAGAUUAGGGCACUUACCUUGGAGCCGCCCUACACUGUGUUCUACAAGGACAAGGUCCAGAAAGAAGCCUCAUUCUCAAAGGUAUAACAUUUGUACUUAUGGAGUACUGGAGUCUCAGGGCAUUGCUAAGGAGCUACAGAGCCUUUCACCUGUAGGUCAUGAUUUUGAGUCCUUCCCCAUUCAGCAAGGAUUGUUCCCAUCUAAUGGAUGUUUGGUAGUCCCAUAUGAUAUAAGAUUGGUGGGUCCCAGUUUGAGUUCCUGUGUCACAAACUCAUCACUGUGUUUUGUACUUCGUUGUAGGCUCUUUGGGGCAGAGACUGUGCCUUACCAUGUUUUUGUACAGUGCCUAGCACAAGGGGGCCCUGGUCUCAAUUGGGUCUUCUAGGAAAAGCUCCAGCCAGGGGAACAAAAUCUCCUUAAUCACUAUAAAUUUGUAGAAGUUGGCAAUUCUAUAAUUGUCACACACAUUGGGGGUGGGCAGAAAGAGUUGAAAAAUUAGAAGGCAGACCAAAAAUUAUGAUUUAUACUUCUUUAAAAAAAUCUCUUGUUUUUUUUUGUCUAAUUUAACCAUUUUUAGGGAUCUGACUCAUGAUUUUUGGAAUUGGCAAUACUAAGAUUAUGAAAUAAUUUCCAUCAGACUUUGCUGUCAAUGUGUCUUUGAGUCUAAUUUACAAGUAGAUCUGUGAGUGUGGUCUGUAAAUUAGGAACGUAUGUAAAUUAGAAUAAACCAAAGCUAGGCUACAGAAAUAUGAAAGGAUGCUUUAUCAUCAAAAACAGUGUUUUUGGGCUGCAGUUUUAGUGAGCUGUUCCAGGACAAAGCACGUUAAUGACAGAGGUAGGCUAGUGAGGUCAUUGUGAUGUCAGUGUUCCUGCUUGUAAUCCUGCACAUGCUUGCUAGUUUGGAACAUUUCAUGUUGGGCUGUGAUAGAGCAACAAGAGAAUCCUAUAUGCAAAAGCUGAUCAUGGCUGUAACAGGAGAUGAAACAGCUGCCACUGGAGACAUGCCAACUUACCAGAUCCGAACUCCCACCACAGCCUUGCCUCAAGGAGUGGUAAUGGCAGCCUCACCAGGAACUUUGCACAGCCCUCAGCAGCUAGCAGAAGAGGCAACACGCAAAAGGGAACUGAGACUUAUGAAAAAUAGGGAAGCUGCUAAAGAAUGUCGACGUCGGAAGAAAGAAUACAUAAAAUGUCUGGAGAGUCGUGUUGCAGUGCUAGAAGUUCAGAACAAGAAACUUAUAGAUGAGCUUGAAACCCUAAAAGACAUUUGUUCUUCCAAAACAGAUUAGUAGAAAUAUUUAUUAUGCUAUGAACUGAUUACAACAUGUCCAAUUGCUUUUGAAGACAAUACCUAGCCAAUAAGAAUUACGACUUUUUCUUGGUGUCAUUUAUCUUAUACUGCAACCCCUAACAUUCCUGAAAUACUUUUUUGCAUUUUGUAGAUUCUUAGAUGUAACUUGAUUUUUUUUCCAGAGGAGACGAAUGUUAAAGUGUGUGUAACAUGGUUAAAAGUGCAACAUUUAUAAGAGCUGUUCCAUUGCCAUAUAUUUGCAUUUACUACUUUUUAUGUAUUAUUGAUAGUGUCCUACACACAGAAAUAUUGUACAGGUGUUUUAAAGUGAAUUAUUAAAGAUAAUGCAUCCAGUAAUACAGCAAAAUUAAACUGCCCAAAGUAUCUCAGGAAAGAGUUUAUAUAAAGUAUGUUAUGAUUACACAGAUGUAUUGGAAUACUAGACUAUAUAUUAAUUUAUGGCCAAUUUUUCUUAGUUGCUUUGCCAAGAAAAUAUUGUAUUGCUGUCACUGAGUGCCAUGGUUGAAGACAGUUUUUAAUAGAACCAUGUUGUUUACCCUUUGUAGCAUUUGUUGUUCAUUUAAACAUCUGGCACAUUUAAACUGUUUUUAAACUGAUGGUGCAAUAUGAAAAAUACCUUGGAGAAGGUUUUAGUAUAAACUUUAUACAACUUAAGCAAGCUCCUCAUUAUUAUAAUAUAACUAUUUAAACACCUGAAUGAAGUUACAAAUAUCUGUUAGAUCGCUCCUUGUUACUUCUGCUUCAAGCAUUAUACAAAAUAUCUGAUGUAUUAGUGGAUUAUGUAUCAGAAUUGAUUUUGCAUCCUGAAUCCUAACUGAUCAAUGUUCUGAACAGGACCAAACUGUUCAUUAUAAUGGGUGCUGAGAUGUGGAAUCCUUUUUGGUUUUUCUUUGAGAUAGCAAAAGGGACUGAAGAUUUUUUUAUUUUUUUUUAGUCAGGGAGGCUCUCCAGCCAAUACUAGCUCUCUGCCGACUUGUAGUGUUCCAUAAUGGCCUUUAAGUGCUGAAUGUUUUUAAAAAUAAAUCCAUUCCAAAUUG